AUGAGAAAAGUUACAUCACGUUGGGUUGCUCAUCAACUUACUGACGAACAAAAACAAAAACGACUUAGAAUUUGUCGUCAAAAUUUAGAGAAAUUUAGAAAUGGAACAUGGCAUUUAUGUGAUGUUAUUACUGGUGAUGAGACAUGGAUUUAUCACAGGCAGAUUGGUCGAAAGUCAAGCAAUGCUACUUGGGUUGGCGCAAAUGAACCACCAAGAACCAUUGUUCGUCGGAAUAGAUUUGAACCUAGAACACUAUUUUGCUUCUUCUUCAAAUCCACUGGUUCUCUUCUCAUACACAAAGUAGAUAAGGGCAAGACAAUCGAUCAUGACUACUAUAUUGAUAAUUGUCUUAUACCUGUUAUCAAUGAAAUAAGAAAAAAGGAAAAGUCAUCACGUACUACAUAUAAAAUGCUUCAUGAUAAUGGUCCUCCUCAUACUCAUCCAGAUGUUAUUGAUUAUUUAAUGGAGGAAGGAAUCGAAAUCAUUCCACAUCCAUCAUAUUCACCAGAUCUCGCACCGUGUGACUUUUGGCUAAAUGAUUAUAUCAAGAACAAGUUGACGGAUCACACAAACGAAGAAUCAUUAGCUCAAGAGGUUUCCACCAUAGUGAAGAAUAUUCCAAUAAACGAGUUUAAAAAGACUUUCGAUAAACUGUUAGAAAGAAUGAAACUUUGUAUCGAAAAUAAUGGUGAUUAUUUUGAGCAUUUAAUAAAAUAA